CCGUGAGCACCAGAAUAUCUGUGGCGGAAUUCUCGCCGACGACAUGGGACUGGGAAAGACUCUAGUAAUGAUAGCCCUGGUGCUAGCCGAUAAGCGGAUGGAGUUGGCUAGCGAACAAGAGAACGAGCCGCCAGUGAAGCGCGUAUGUUUCAAUUACCAAGCUGUGGUGUGCAGCUCAACGGAAUUGCAGGGGCACUCUACAACCGAUGACUAUCCCUCGGCAGGCACAUUAGUGGUUUGCCCCAAGAGCGUGAUGCCCCAAUGGGCUCAGGAAGUGGUCUCCAAGGUGGCGCCGGAUGCCAUAAAGGUGCUGAUAUUACACGAAAACAACCGCCAUGCGAUCAGGUUGGAGGUGGUCAGGAGCUUCGAUUUAAUCAUUACCUCGUACAAUCUCUUGUUGAGCGAGUUGAAAAGGUUUGGAAACAGCUCACCACUUUUCGCCGUUCACUGGAAUCGGGUGAUCCUCGACGAGGCCCACAUCAUUCGGAAUGAAAAAAGCAGGGCCGGAAUUUCCGUCUGCCACCUGCGAGCUCGAAGCCGAUGGGCUUUAAGUGGAACUCUUGUCCAGAAACGGGCCAUUGAUAUGCUCACGUUGUUACGCUUUUUGCAAGUACCACACUUUCAGCACCUUCAGCAGUGGAAGAGGUAUUUAAGCCAGGACGUGCUUGCCAAGAGACGGUUGAAUUCGAUCAUUGAUCCACUAAUGCUACGAAGGACAAAGCAACACCUGCAGGAAAUAGGAGACAUGCCCGCUUUACCCCAUCUAAAAGUUGAACUUAUCUGCGUGCAGCUCUCGGAGCCAGAAAUGGCGGUGUACCAGAUACUUUUCGCCAUUUGCAAAAGGAUCUUUACUGAGUUCUUGAGGCAAUUCGAGAACUAUUCUGAAGACAGAACUCCCCAGUUCAUAAAUGAAAUAUUUGACGCCAAGUACUCGAAGAUAUACCUCGGAUUUCUGAAAUUGUUUAACUAUGAACCGGCAGUUAAGAUCAAGGGUCUUGUGAUCCUGGUUCUGCUGUUGCGCCUGCGACAGUUUUGCUGCCAUCCUGGAUUAUUGCUUAGGAUGCUGCGUGGUUUAAGGACCGCCGAGGAUGUGCAAAGCUUCGGGACGGCGGCCUCAAAUGUAGAGAGUCAGCUCAAGAUGGAAUUCGACCAGAAGUUGCCGAAAUCCGAUGAACUCACUGACAAAGAAGAUGCUAUCAUCGAAAAGGGCAGUUUCGAAAUAAACGAGAACUUCUGUUUAGAUAACAUAAAAGAUAAGAUUGGAAACCUCAAAUUUGGAAUACGGAAUAUGGUUGAUAAGCAACCGGCAUGUAGUACCUCUGGUAAUCCUUUAGACUCUGCCCAGGCUCUAAAGCAGCUUGAUCCCCAUAAUGCAAUAUUCCAAUUCGAACGAUCUUCUGCCAAACUUAAGUUAGUCAUCGAUAAAGUGGAGGAAAUACUUACAGGUACCAACGACAAGAUCAUAAUUAUAUCUCAUUGGAACAACUAUCUGGCCAUCAUUCGUAAGUGUCUGCAGAAUAAGUCAUGGAACCCACUUUACUUUACUGGCCUGCUGAGCACCAAAAGUCGUGAGCUGGUAUUGCAGGAUUUCAACGCCAGUCAUGACAAGCGGAUUCUCCUACUCUCCCUUAGCGCUGGCGGAUUGGGACUGAAUCUCAAUGUGGCCAACCAUAUGCUAUUUGUGGAUCUCCAUUGGAACCCACAACUGGAGCGGCAGGCUCAGGGUCGUAUCCACCGAUAUGGUCAACAAAAACCUACCUUCAUAUACCGAUACAUGUGUCAGGACACCGUAGAGCAGCAAAUUGUAGAGCUGCAGGAGAACAAGUUAGCCAAAAUGGAGCUGCCAGAGACAGAGGGAGAUAUGUCCGAGCGGGAUUACGGGUGCCUCAAUCUCGCGGAUCUCAAGAAGCUGUUUUUAUUAGACAAUAAGUCGGAAAUGUGAAUUUAUAGAAUAAUCACUUAUAUGUUACUUUAAGA